GUUGAGUUAGCUUGUUUCAUCCAGAAAUAACCAAUUUCUAAAGAUAAACCAUUAAUUUUAUUCCAUUCUUUUUAAUUUGUUUCCCAUUUCUUGGUUAUACUCUUUCUUUAAUUUCUUUGCUUUUCUUGUUUGUUUAUUAAACUAUGUAGGAUUUUUGAUUCUCUUUGGUUUCUUCUUCUGGGUAUUUUCAAAUUUUUCAUUAUCCUUUAUUGGAACUAAAAGAAACCAUCUUUUUUCUUUUUAUUUCAAGAAAACUAAAUACCCAGAAACCCUUUUGUUCUUCCUUUCUUGUUCUUGAUCAGAAAUGGCUGUUGAAGUGACAGAAGGAGAAACCCAAGAAAGCCCAGAAAUGGAAAUACAAAAAGAAUCCAAAAUGAAUAGUAUUGAAGAUCCAUCACCAAGAUGUGUAUUAGAAAUUCCAAUUUUAGGUUCAGAUUGUGAUGAUCAUAGCAGCUGGAGCAGUAUGAGCACAAAUAGCAGCAGCAGCAGUUCAGGUUCUUCUGAGAAAAUAACGUCAUCACCAGAUCAAAAAUCAGAGCAUCAUAACAGGGACCUGAGUGGUAAUUUUUCACCAUGGAAAAACAUGUUUGAUACUAUUAAGAAGAAAUCAAUGAGGAGAUUUUCUGUGAUUCCUUUGCUUUCAACUUAUGAUAUUAUUACUAAGAAGAAUUUAAAAAGGAAAAUUCAGAGAAUUCAGAGUUCUUCGGAUGUUGUUAUUGAUUUUGAAGGCCUUCAAAUUAGUAAACCAUCUUGGAGAAAUUUUGAUUUUGCUGAACUUGAAGCUGCUACUGAUCAUUUCUGUUCUGAGAACUUGAUUGGGGAAGGGGGUCAUGCACAAGUGUACAAAGGGUGUUUAUUGGAUGAUCAAAUUGUAGCUGUGAAAAAGAUAAUCAAGACGGAAAAGGAAGAAGAGGAUAGAAUUGGAGAUUUUUUAUCCGAGCUAGGAAUUAUUGCACAUAUAAACCAUCCAAAUGCUGCUAAAUUGCUCGGUUUCAGCAUUGAUCGCGGUUUGCAUCUUGUCUUAGAAUAUUUACCUCAAGGCAGCCUUGCUUCCGUGCUCCAUGGUAGAGCGGAAAGUCUAGAAUGGAAGAAAAGGUUUAAGGUAGCUGUAGGAAUAGCAGAAGGAUUACGGUAUCUCCAUCAUGAUUGCCAUAGGCGCAUCAUUCAUAGAGACAUCAAAGCCUCCAACAUAUUGCUCACUGAAGAUUAUGAAGCUCAGAUAUCUGAUUUCGGAUUGGCAAAGUGGCUUCCAGAAAACUGGCUUCACCACAUUGUCUUCCCCAUAGAGGGCACAUUCGGAUAUCUGGCUCCGGAAUACUUUAUGCACGGGAUAGUCAAUGAGAAGACUGAUGUAUUUUCUUAUGGGGUUUUGUUACUAGAGAUAAUAACAGGGCGUCACGCAGUCGAUUCUAGCAGACAAAGCCUCGCGAUGUGGGCGAAACCAUUGUUAGAGGAAAACAAUGUCAAAGAAGUAGCUGAUCCAAGAUUAGGAGACGAUUAUGAUCCUGUCGAAAUGAAACGGGCAAUGUUCACAGCUUUGAUGUGCAUUCACCAUUUACCUAACAUGCGUCCGCACAUGGAUCGGGUAGUGCGGGUACUAAAGGGUACGGAAGCGCCGACGAUGAUGCAGCAAAAGAGUAAUGGAGGGAGGGCCGUGAUUUUGGAUGGUUGUGAUUUGCAAGACUAUACAUGCACAAGCUAUCUGAAUGACCUAAACCGCCAUAUGCAACUAGUGCUGGAAUAGUAUUUAGGAGCUAUUGCUGCUUCUUUCUGAUGCUGCUUAAGCUUUCCUGUUUUGUAUAUCAAAGGUUAUUUAAGAAAGAAAAAAACAAACACUAAAUCCUUUUGUUUGGUAUAUAUAUUGGUGAAGAAAUCAACAUGAAAUUUAAAUGGGUUCUAAUUUUUGCUAA